AAUCCCGGGCGUGACAUGACGUCCUCCCCACUCACCUGCAAAUGCCGUGCAUGGCAGCAGCAGCAGCUGGUGCAUUUGAACUUCUUGCUGUUUCUCCAGCGAUUAGCAGAAGAAGCCAGGGCCAAUGCUUUCAAGAACAAGAGUAAAACAAUUAAAUCUGAACAUACUAUAGCAGCAGCAAAGGUUAUCUUAAAGAAGAGCAGAGGCUAGGAAAUCAAGAGCAGAGGCUAGGAAAUCUAAUCCCACUUGCUUUACCCAGUGUAUUUUAUUAUCUUUUCAAGUAUUGUGAUUAAGAUCCUCAGUUGGUAUAAAUAUGCAUAAUUUCAUUGAAGUCUGUAGAGCUACACUUCUUUACCUUUGUUGAGGACUUGGGCUUAUGUUCUUAAACAUCCAUGUUUUUAUGAGAUUUGUACAUGUAUCUCUUACCAAAGCCAUGAGGCAAACGCUUGUGGUAGAGGUAUUUUUUUAAAUAAUGUAAGUUUAGUUGCACCUUCCACUAAAACACUGGGAAAAACCUAUAGCAUUUCCCUUCCAUGCAUUUACUGAUGUCAUAGUCUUAAUUAGACAGUAUUUCUUAUUAAUCACUCAGACAGAUGUAUGAAGGUGUUUACUCUGCAUGUCAGUUGAGUUCUUGUUAUGUAGACAAAAUGUUGUCUUAAAGAAGUCUGACAGUGUUGUAUCAAAUCUUAGUUUCAGAUUCUGAAAUAAGACAUUUAUAAACAUAAUUCUUGAAAUAAUUUUAAAGAACAGCACAAGUUGCUUGAAUAAAACUUAAUAUUUUUAUUAGUGCACUAACUUUCCCAAAAUUGCUCCAUUGGCUUUCCAGUGGUAUAUGUCAAAUGAGCAGCUGAUCUUAAGCUUGUGGACAGGAGCACUUCAAAAACUGAUACCAAUUGCUAUUGUUGAAUUAGACCUAAAAGAGGCAUCAAGAGAUCAGCUAUGCAUAGAUACUAUGUCUGUUUGAACCUGUGGUGUGUGGACAUGUAUAUAUUUUACACAUAUAGCACAUCAGUGUCAAAUGUCUAGCAUUCUUAUGAAAUUAAACUUUUAAAAAUGUAAACUUGCAUCUUAUUCUUUUGUGCAAUGACACUUUGUUCUUUGGUGUUUUGUCAUUUGCGUAACACUAGUUACAUGAAUAUGCAAAUAAACUGUUUCUGGUCCACAA